AUGGCCCCAGACAGAGCGGGAUUUUGGCCCCUGCUGCUGCUCCUGCCACUGGGGCUGUGGGUGGCCCAGGUCAGCACCAAGUCCAACAUAGCUUCAGCUCAGUGGUUUGAAACUCAGAGUGUGCAGCCCAGCCCCCAGGGAUGCAAAGGGGCAACGGGCAACAUCAACAAGCACACAAACCACUGCAGAGGCCUCCACACCUUCCUGCACGAAGCCUUCUCCGGUGUGGCCGCCACCUGCCACACCCCCAGCAUGGUCUGCAAGAUCGGCCAAGAAAGCUGCCACCAGAGCCAGAAGCCCGUGUCCCUGACCGCGUGUGAGCUCCCCUUGGGGCGGUACCAAGAUCGCAGGUACAAUGACAAGCAACUGGACCUACUCUUCAUUGUGGCCCGUGACCCUCCACAACAGAAGGACAGCCUGACGUCCCUGCCGGUUCCUGUGCCCUGGGUAAUGCUGCCUAAGGCCAGGUGUUUCCCUCACCCCAAGCUCUGCAGACUCCUGGCGCUGCUGCUGCGUUUCCUCCCCUGA